AAAGGAACGGGAUCGGUUGCGACAUCUCGUGUCGGUCGGGCAACAAUUAAACGCUGUCCCGGCCAUUGGCAUUUUCUUGCUGAAGAUAGUGCUAUCGCUCCAUUUGACAGAAGCUUAGGUACGGGCACUGUACGGGUGUAUACGGGCGAGUUGUGCGUGCUGUGUGCACUCCGUCGGCGGUGGUGAUACGUUGGCGGUGGAUGGACGAGCAGAUCGCACGGUAGCAUUUUCCAAGACUGAACAAAGUAUCACGAUGUUCGAAGCAAAUGCAAAUAGGACUGUGACCAAACUAUGCGCCGAUUAUGAUCCAUGGGCUUAUGACCUACUCAACGUCAAUGCGAGUAAUCAAGCAAGUAAUGAGGAUGAGGAUUGUCAGGAUCUAAACAAUAGCAUGGUCAAUGAUCUUGUUGCCAAAAUUCUCGAUGACGAUUCUAAUAUUGUUGAAGACAAUUUCGCAGAUCGACAAACCAGAUUACCGCAAUAUCAGUCCGAAUAUUCCAAGCGUAUCGACGUCCAUACCGCUAACGAAUUAUUACCUUCUAUUUUGAAGCCCAAUGGCGAAACAAGGUACUGCUAUACCACUGAGACGGGUAUAUCCGACGGAUCUCACAACGAAAACAAUUAUCAAAAGUACUGUAGUCGAUUACACGCUCUAAGUUUAAAUGUGUGUACAGGAAAUACAUUGAGCGAAGGUAACACCUAUUCCAACAGUUCCAUAAACGAGCUACAGAGACCUACUACCCAACAAAGUAAUUUAUUGUCCAACAACAAUUGUUACUUGAAUGAAAACCGAAAUUAUGCAUCACUCUCAAAUGGACUGCUCACCACAACAAACGGGCUAAGUUACAGUUCGCGAACGUCUAACUGGUCGGAAACAUUAAUAUCACCAAAUUGCACAAAAGAUCUGUUCGGGAACUACCAGUCAAUUCAGAAACAUGGCAAUCUUGACUUCAAUUUGAAUUUAUCUUCAAAUUUGCCAAUGGAUUCUCCGAGUUGCACUAGAUCAAAUGAUUGGGAAUCACAAAGCAACUGCGAUUACCCUAGCAUUGGAAAACCUAAAAAUAAUCAAAUGCUGAGCAUGCAUGAUUCUUACAAUGUAACUGCAGCGUCUCAAAUGUACAGGCCAAACUCUGUUAUGACUGAUUUGAGUGGUGAUUCAGGUUUUUUGUCCAAUUCACCGCUACAGCAUUAUUCUCCAGCAGAAACUGGUUUACAGAAUUGUAUACCUAAUAAUUUUCAAUGCACCAGAUUUGAUGAUUAUCGAGACAUACAAGAUCCCAAUGGUUUAGGUAUGGUCGAUACAACAAAUGAGUCCCUCUUCCUACAACAACAAUCACAAGCUUUGAGGACAGAUACACCAAUGGAUCAGAGUUAUAAACGAAUGGUUAACUGCUAUCCUUAUUUGAAUGAUUACCCAUCGAUACCAAAGGUUCAUCCCAGUAAUUCUGAAACUAUAUCAUCAGUAGGAAUCGUGGAUCAGAGGAUGAACAAUAACUUACAUACAUCGCCGCUUAGUCCUCAUGUAAAACAAAGAGAGAAUCAUCAAGUUUAUUCUCCCAUUGGAUUUCCAAGAAAUUUGAUCUCAAGGAGUUGCACGAUUAUGUCUAAUAAACAUAAUUACCAAACACCGAAUGGAUACCAGCGUUAUACAACCAAUAAUACUGAUACAUUGAAAGGUACACAGACACUCAGUACCACUGGGAAUAAUUACCAGAGUAACAUGAAGAAACAAAAUAUGGCAUACAACAUGGAUUCGUUUGAUUUAUCGAGUGAAAUUUCGUAUCCUUCAUCGAUGUCAUUCGCUCCGACAUUAGCAGGAAAUGCACAAGGCAGUGAAAUGUUUAACCAAAUGAUGAAACAACGCCAACUUCAAGGGGUCCAUCCUAUGCCACCACCCGACGUUUUGUUCAACACUGGGCUGGUGCAUGCUGGAAAUGUUUUUUCCACAGUCUUAUCAGUGCCCGUAUCUGUAUCUGUUCCACCAUUGCACCCUAUGUCUGUAUUGUUUGGAGGACUCAGGAAUAGCACUUCUAGGCGCUCAGGCCCUUCUAGCAUAUUACAACUGAGAUUGGAGCAGACCUAUGAACAGUUCAAGCAGCUGGAGAAAGAGCGGAAAAAAUGCGAGGCCGGCUUAGCUGCUCACUUUCCAGGAAAACGUGUGACCAGUGCCAAUAAUAUACCUACACCGCGUUUACAAGGGAAUCCGUCACGUGUUGACCGGCUGAUAAUUGAUCAUCUGAGAGAACAUGCGCGUGUUAUUACCCUUGUGGCCAAGAUGGAACGUCUUCGGGGUGCUACAAUGAAUCAGCGGGUUCAUAAAGCUAUGGAAUAUUGGCUUGAGGUGAUCAAGUACGUGCAGGAACGACGAAAACAAGAAAUAGCAAAUGCAACUAAACGGCAGAAAGAAAAUCCUCACUGCAUUCCCAUGCAUGAUGACAAGGAUAUAAUGGCCCUAGCAGGAAGCAUUCAUGAAUUAACUAAGGCAUCCCGCUUAGCCAGAACUGGUAUGUACAAUGCCCUCCAAGCUACACUUCUGUAUGAUGCCGAAUUUGAAAGAAAAGUAAUUGAGACGUGCAAAGAUACUUUUUUCAAUAUGAAGCUUAGAGAAGCCAGCAACACACAUCUUUCCAGCCAUGUCGACUGUGCUUAGGCAAGACGCGAUCUAAAUUAUUGAAGUUACUUUUCAGAUUAUAGAUAAGGUAUAUUGAUUGAACCAUUAAUUCAUGUAAUUUAUAAAGUUGUUUUCCAGGUCAUCAAAAAAACCACGAUGAUUUCUGUUUCGCUCAUUUUAUUUUCUACUUUUGAGGUAUUGACUUCCAAUGGCAUAACAAUUUAGUCCUUGCGAUAGCUGCCUAUUAUUGAAAACAUUUUUUAUAAUUCUUGCAAGUGAAAAGCAUUACUUUACCUCAAAUAUUUUAAAACUAGCUGUGUGCAAUAAUUCAAGCAAGGUUUGAUUCAUCCUACAUCCAUAAUCAUGUUCAUAUUGCACCAAUGGGAGAUGAUAAGUAGUUGCAUACGCUGCGUGUGGUUCGUGAAUAUGGAGGUUGAUCACAAUUAAAAAUUUUUACCCCAAACGUAGAGAUUGUGUAGUAACACAAACUUUUUAAAUACGUGGCAACUCUGUGCCAUUCGCUAAAUAUGUUAUUUUGGUGCAAACAAUAGCAAAAACAAGUAAUAUGUGAACGAACUUACCAGGGUCAGCUUCUAGGUCGGAUUUGCAUAUCAACGAAGCAUUGAGUAUUUCACGAACAGUUAGGAAUUUGUACAAUUUUCAAGGCUGGACAUUUCAGGUCUGCAAACGAUUACUAGAAUUAAACAAUUUUCCAUCUCUAGUAUAGUACUUGGAAUUUGAAUUAUUGAGAAUUUGAUCAUAAAGCACGCCACUUUUUGACUAUUAACCCUUAAAAUAUCUUUACUGUGCUAAAAAAUUAAGUUAUAACCGUCGUCUUCACUUGCCGUUAGAUUUCCGUAAUACUUUGACGUCUGAGUUGUUACAAGUAUUUAGAUUAUUAGGGCAAUUGUCAAUUUUCGUCUAUAGAUGUGAAGAAAGUUGUCUAGUAGAUGGAAUGUUACAAAGAAAAAAAAUAGUUAAAAUGCUAGAUAGAAUUUUUAGAAUAGAUAUAUGUGGCCUUUCCUAAUUACGACCCGAAAAGUGUGACAUUUAACUAAUUUUCAUGCGAUUUUUAAGAAGUAUUUUCAACUAACAUGAAUUUAUUACGAAUGUAGUUCGUUUGAUGAAUGUAGCAAGGUAAUUGAUAUUGACGUCGCAAAGCAAUCCAAAUGCUGUCCACUACACUAUACAUAUAUUAUUAUAUUGACAAUUGAGUGAUGGCAUAUAAUGCUAAAUAUAGUGAAUAUCUGAGACGAAGUUUAAUCUCUGAAAUUCCAUCUAUAUACAAAGUAAGUCUAGCCUCUAAAUUCCUAAAUUUUGUUGAGUUUGUCGCUCGUGUAUUGUACUACAUACAGCAUAUUUGAUACGAAAUUUUGCCACAGAUUUUGCAUACAACUUGUAGCUACACAAAAGUCGGGGAUCGGGAUGUAUCCGAAUUCGUUGUAGUGAUGUAGAAUCUAAAGGGUAACUCUUUGAUGAUCAAAUUUCAAAAGGUUACUUACAAAUUCCCGAGGAUCGUCAUAAUUUGGUACAUUCAUUUCAUCAGUUAUCUUGGUAACAUACCGCACGUUUUCAGUAUACGCAUACAAGAACCGUACAUAUUGCAGUUACUACAGACUGCUCAGUUUUUUAAAUUUUUAUGAUUCAAUCUUGCGUCCGCUAGUAAAUUAUCACACAAGGCUUUUGCUUAUGUAUAUAUAAAUAUUUUCAUUGAAUAGAUGAAUAUGAGAUUCAACGUAGCGGUAGAGAAAUGGUCAAUUUGUGAAAAGAAGCUGAGAGAAAAACAAUAGUAGCAAGCUCUAGAUUUAAUCGUCAAAUGACAAAAGGCGUCGAAAAUUAAAUGGGCUAAGAAAUAGCUGAUUAACAAAAUAGAAGCAUAACACAAAUGUGAGCGGCAAUUUGGGCGCCUUGCUUCAGAAAGUUUCCUUUUGGCAUUUGCAGAAUAUUAACUGUGAUAACUUUUAUGCCAAUACUGUACAUUAUACUCAACUCCCUACCAUAUAACUUAAAUACCUUCUAACUACUUUAAAGAAACUGCCUACUGGAUAUUAUUAUCAAUUGGAAUCUGAUUGUAAAAGUUUUCAACUUUAAAAUUAAGUAUCAUUGCAUAACAUAAAUACUAUAAAUCCAUUAAGCAGUUAUUAUAAAUAUAUUUAGCACGCAGCAGCUAUAGUACUUAAACCGACAAUGAGAUAUCCAAACCCACUUGCACGCACAAUGACCUGUGCAUGCCCAGGCUUACGCCUAACGGUCGAUAACGUCAACUGAUUGUAAUGUCCAUAGGUGUCAAAUACAUAGCAGGGUGUUAGUUUGUUAGCUGUUUGUUACUUAGUCUCGCGUGUUACAGGGUGGCCACAACAUCUCUCCGAGUAACAAUGGAUUGACAUUUUUCUUUACCAUGCAACACAAAGCAAAUAACAUGUAAUAAUGUUCCAACCAGCUUCCGUGCAUUUUUUUGGCUUUAGUAUUAUACUUCUAGAUGGUUCAUAGAUUAUGAAAUGCAAAUGUUCAACGAGAUAU